UCGCGGGUGGACGCGUUUCGCCUUUUUCUGAACUAUAAUACCCAUCAGUAGGUACUGUGCUGUGUUCUGUGUGUUGUGCAAAUAAUUGUGUACGGUUUUCCUCUUAACCCUCCUUGCAGUCUUCAGUUUUGCGUACGAAGUUAAAGUGAAGAUUUUCGUGUCCAUUGGAUUAUAUUGUUCUUUCGCAUGUAUAGUUGGAUGCACUCGAUCCACUACUGCUGACCGUAUCCGUGUGUGCUCCGAUCCGAUAGAAGGGUUCUGUUGGUGUGUAUUGAAAAAAAGUGCAACAAUUAUUAUCAAACGUACAAAAGGAAGAAUCUGUAAGAGUUUUCUUCGUGUGACCGUUGUGCUGUUCUUGGAAAUUAGUUAGACUUGGAUUGGAGCUUCAAUAAUUGCGGGGCUUUCGAAAAGAUAUCCGGAUAUCCUGCUGGUGAUGUAGUCGAGUAACGCUUCCCCUAAUGAAAUAAUCGGUGCGUUUGGCCGGAUUGUGGAACGAAAGAGAAACGAAAUUUAAAUGUGAAUUUUGUGUUGUUAAUUAAUAAGUUGUGCAGAUUGCAUCGAAGUGUUUUGCCAGUAAUUUGCUGAUUGUUUUAACGUUUCAGCAAUUAUAAAUGCGACAAUUUCUCAUUUAUUCGAAGCUUAGCAGCUGUGGUGUGCAUACAAAAAGAACGGUUUUGUCACUCAUACCAUUGCGAACCGAAUAUCAAUGAAAACAUAGUGGAAAAGCAAAACACGCUACUUGCCGAGUUCCUGUGAGCCAACCAACCAAGAGUUUUUACAAGUAGCCAAGGUAGAAAGCAGAGAACGAAAACUUGUUGAUUCUCAACCUCGUUUAUGUGAAGACAAAUGGCAUUGGAACUUUGUCGUGCAAUUACGUCCGAAAUCGCUAAUCUAUGUAAACCGAAAUAGUGAAUGGAAAAGCUAUCGAAGUCAAAAUACUGCAGCACCAGAAAUAAUUUAGUGGAUAUUGGAUUACUUAAUGUGUUUGUCAUGGUUCAAUUGAUGUAGAGAGCGCGUGAAAGUUUCCGACCAAGCGUAGAAGAACAUCAAACGAGUGACCCCAACCGGCCAGAUCUAUUGUCCGAUGGAAACCGAACCAGUUAAACUGUGCACGACUGCGUGAAAUUGUUUUUUGUUUAUCUGGUGAAUCGCAGUUUGAAGCAAUACGCGUAAAAGUACCGGAUUUUCAGUGAAGAACACGAUUCCACGCUGGUGAAACCGCUGUGGAAUAGCACCAGAAAGUGUCCUGAUUUUUGUGUGUUGUUUUCGAACUAACCGGUUACAAAGCUAACGGCACGCAACCUGGCGCUGUUCUGUGUACCGGUGAAGCAACGUCUACCCUCUGAUUCGUCGGAUGUGAAUGUAAGUGGUACUACCCCUUUUGCAUGUAUCAUAGGAGCAGAGCAGCCUCCGUCCACUACCCGAUCGAAAAGAAGACCAAGGACUCCAACAAUGGGAUGAUCGGACUGCAGGCGGAGCUCGGUGGUCCCCCGUUGCAGCCACCGACGUCGAUGAUGACUUCGAACGGAGCCGGCGGUUUACCGAAUGGCAAUCUGCUGGCAGCAGUAUCGCCCGGUGGAGCGCUUCAUCAUCACAUUGGGCCACCACCUUCCCAUCUGCAUCCUCCACCACAGUCGUCGUUGAGUCAGCAGCAGCAGCAACGUUCCGGUGGAACGGCACGUGAAAGGGCCAUGCACGCCGUGGAAUACUACAAUAGCAAUGUGCUGCGAGCGCGAGUCGGUGCUGGGCUGGCUGGAACGCGUACUUCAGUGCACGACCGAUAUCCCUAUAUUCAGCGGCAUAUGGGGAUGACCAGUGGAGCCAAGCUGGUGCCUCCCGGCGCGGAUAAUCUGUAUCGAAGUAAUUCGAGUUUGGAGUUGAUACACGAUCACGGUGGACAUCACGACGUUUUACAUCCGGGAGGGACCAAUUUGAGACGCGAGUACGGAAGUCAUGGGUCGAUUGAUGUCAUCUCUUCCGAUCGGCAUCACGGAGGACAAUCCACGGGCGAGAGCUUCCUAGCGAUGCUAGCCGAAUACAGACCGGCAGUGUUUGGGAUAGAUCACGCGCAUCAUCACGUUAGUGGAGGACAUCAUAUACAUCAUGAUGGUCGAUCUGGUGGUUUAUCUUCUGGAGAGGACAGUCUUGACCGGGGCAAUGCUAGUCCUAAGCUGAGAAUGAAGUUCAAUAGAUUGUGGUCAUCGUCGGGUGCUCACGGGGGGAAAACAGCUCGUUCUCAACAGACGCAAAGUGCGUCGCUGGAUGAUCCGUCUAUAAACGGGAAUGCGUCGAUGUUGUCUAAUGUGAGUGCUACUUCGACUACGACCGUAUCCUCUGCCGAUAUUGAGGAACGCCAACGACGGAGAGCGUUCGCUCAUUUUGACUGCCAAUCACUAACUGCCAACCUUGGUUAUGCUGCCAAAUUAAGAGGAUUGUUGUUGGCCAGACGACGCAAUACGACAACGGGUGCUUCGGCAGCGGCCACUUACGGAACGCGAUCGUCCACCCCCGAUGGAGACAGUAUCGAUGAGGAUUACGGUGAUGGACAGAGCAACCAAUUGUUGGACAGUUGUCCUUUCUUUCGUAACGAAAUCGGCGGUGAAGAGGAACGGGAAGUCAGUCUGACCCGGAUGCAAAAUCCACUGCCAGUUGGACAACAGCAAAGGCGGGCGAUUCAUCGACCGCUGCUAGCCUACGGAGUUUCCGUACUCGAGUGUGGGCCCAGCGAAACGCUGUGGAAGGCAAACACUUGUCCGUACCAAAAAGGUCCCCGGCCGAUCGAACAGAUCGACAACGGUGCUCUCUACUAUCGGCAGUUUUUCUUCGGCCAAGAACACCAAAACUGGUUCGGUAUGGACGAACAGUUGGGGCCGGUUGCGAUCUCGAUUAAAAAGGAAAAACUUUCCCCGAGCCUGGUUCCCAGUCUGGCAAUCCACGGCGCAGAUGUGACCCCCACCGCAAACCAAACCCAACAGCAUCUGUACCGGUUGAUUGUACGGACCUCGGAGCUGUUGACGCUUCGGGGAUCCGUUAUCGAAGAUUCCAUUCCGAAUCCACGCGGAACGGGCAAGCAUGUUAGUACCAAAGAAAUUCUGGAAUACGUUGCGCCAGAAGUACAAAUAAGUUGUUUGAGGUUAGGCGUCAGUACGCCUCAGUGCGAGCAGCAGUUGCUAAAACUGGACGAACAAGGACUAACCAACAAGUACAAGGUUGGUAUUCUCUACUGCCGAGCGGGUCAAUCCUCCGAGGAGGACAUGUACAACAAUGAAGAUGCUGGACCGGCAUUCAACGAAUUUCUGGACACCAUCGGAAACCGCGUUCGCUUGAAGGGUUUCGAUCACUACAAAGCCGGCCUGGACAACAAAACGGACUCCACCGGAACGCACUCACUGUACGCCACCUAUCAGGACUGUGAAAUUAUGUUUCACGUGUCCACGAUGCUGCCUUUCACGCCAAACAAUCGGCAGCAGCUGCUACGCAAACGUCACAUCGGAAACGAUAUCGUAACAAUCGUUUUCCAAGAACCGGGUGCCCUCCCGUUUACUCCAAAGAACAUACGUAGCCAGUUCCAGCACGUAUUCCUCAUUGUGCGAGCGGUUAACCCCUGUACGGAUCACACCCAGUAUCGGGUGGCGGUGUCUCGCUCGAAGGAAGUUCCCGUGUUUGGGCCACCGGUCCGACCAGGCGCGCUCUAUUCCAAGGGUCGUCACUUCGCCGACUUUCUGCUAUCAAAGGUACUGAACGCGGAAAAUGCCGCCCACCGUUCGGAGAAGUUCGCCACGAUGGCAACCCGAACUCGGCAGGAGUAUCUGAAGGACCUGACCAGCAACUACUGCAGUGCAACGCUGGUUGAUACCGGACAAAAGUUUUCGAUUUUCCCCAGUAAAAAACGGGAACGGAGUAAGCCUCGGUUCUCGGGUGAUCUCACGCAGCGGGGCGCGUUCUGUUGGCAGGUUGUGCUGCACGAUAGUGGCCAGUCGACGCAGGUCGAUUGUUUUCUGGGUAUUUCCGCGGAAACGUUUGUGCUGAUUGAGGAAUGUACCCGGCAGAUUAUUUUCGUGACGCCUUGCAAGGCGAUUCUCGGGUGGUCAACCAGUCAGAAUUCGUUGAGAGUUUAUCAUCAUCAGGGUGAGUGUGUGACACUCAAUAUGAGAGAUUCGGGAGAUCGGGAUGAGCAGUUGGAGGUUAUCGAGCGGUUGAGAGCGGUUACCAACGGUUGUGGGGCUUUGGAGCUGAGUCUGCGAAGGAAUCCGAUGGGUCAGCUGGGUUUCCACGUGCAACCGGAUGGUGUUGUGACGCAGGUGGAAAUCUCCGGUCAGGCAUGGACGGCCGGAUUGAGACAGGGCUAUCGGUUAGUGGAAAUUUGUAAGGUAGCCGUGGCUACGUUGUCUCACGAUCAGAUGGUUGAUUUGUUGAAAACUUCUGCCCAAGUGACGGUAACGGUGAUUGAGUCGUUCGCUGAUUUUAGUCCACGUCGAGGUUGUUCGCUGCAAAAUUGCCGCUUUAAUUCGAUGAAUUACGAAAGUGAUUACGAUACUGUACCGGAGAGGGGUGAAAAGAAUGGGAAGAAGCAUCUGCCGAGUGCUCAGUUGCAAUCAGCAAGCCACCGGAAGAGAUACGAACGGAACUUCUCUCCUCCGAGGUCCAGCAAUAGCAGUGGAUAUGGCACGGGAAGUAGCAGUCGAUCUUUUACGGCUUUGAAUCCCAAUGGGGUUCCAGCGAACGACCACCGGUACUGUCCGGAUAUGGGAACUUUAACCAGCUCGUCGAGUGGCCAUUCCUCGAACGACGAACGUUGGUAUGAUGUGUUGGAUCCUCAGCAAGAAUCUACACCGGUAUCGGAACCAAAUAACUACCAUCAUCCAAAGCUUACGGCCUCCAGUAACUCACUGCCCUUAACAGGCGUAACUCCUCGACCGCUUUCCCUGCACGCAGACUCUCGGCAGCUUUUGAACAAUGGCAACAACAACAGUGCCAACAUUGCCCUCCUCAAGCGUUUGAUUAUCAAUGAAAACGGUGCUCACGGUGAGAACGGAUCAACCCCUGUUGAACCUCUCUACACCAGCUCAAUGAAGAAUCUGGCUAAUCACCAUCAACUGCUGAGUGCCACCGAGGAAGAAGAUCGUUCCCGUAACAAUUCCCCCCAGUUGAAACGAUCCGCUACGACUACCAAUAUUUACGGUAUCAACGGAGGCGGGGGCAGCAAGAAAUCCCAGACAGCCCUCUGCUCAAACGGCGGUCCACUUAGUUCCAGCAGUGCUUCAAGCUCUCGCAACAACAGUCCCCGCCCCAAUAGCGGAGUCGUAUCCGACGCUAAACUACGACAAAAAACUGCUGCCCCACAGCGAAACAGCGUGAACUACACCGGAAGCUCUCUACAGGAAGAUUUAAUGAAACUGAUCAAUCCGGAUUACAUUGCGGCAGCGGCAUCUAGUGACGACAAUUUCAACGCCGGAUCUCUGGAGAAGAUGCAGAAGGGAAACCCAAACAGCCACAGUUUGGGCAACAUCUCGUCCCUGGCAGCUUCCGGUGGGCUCAAGCCGAUUCAGCAGCUGAGUCAAAAAUCGCGCUCCCGUGAGGGCAUUAAUUUGGGAUCGUCAUCCAACAAUUUGAAGGUUGCCAAAAGCAAUGGUAAUGUGACUGUGGUGAAUGGUUGUUCGGGUUCGGCCCCGAACCAGCAACCGCCGGAGCAGGAGCCGGAUGUGAUUUUCACUACCGCCCGACCGGCUACGGUAAUCUCGAGCACGACCAGCAAUUGCUCUAGUCCGGCUAGUGAGCUGAACAGCUGCGGAAAGCAGCCGCACAUGAACGAGGAUCAUCUGAAGAUGUCACCCAGCCGAAAGCAGCAGAUGUUGGCCGCAGCCGCCGUAGCUGGAGGGAUCCUGAAGAGUACUAUGAUGACGAAUGGCAACGAUUCCGUUGCAGGUGGUGGUGGCAAUUCUGGACCAGGCGGCAAGAUCCCUCUGCCCGACAUGAAAGAGAUGGACUGGAGUAGCCUCGUAGAUACGGCGACUAAGGCCAUGACGCAGCUCAGCGAAUCUGGAUCGAAGGCACACCCACAGGCGAAUGUCUACUACGACGACAUCAGUCAGGUUUUGAACGGCGUGGUCCAACAGCAACAGCAACUGCAACAACAGCAACAACAACUGCAGCUGCUUAAGCAGCAACAACAGCUUCAACACUCUCAAGCGUCCGGUGCUUGCCAUCAGAACGGAUCCGCAACUCCCGCCUUAUCCGAUCUAUCUUCCACGCCUAGCUCUGCCUCACCCGUUUCCACCGGAAGCGGCAGCGGUAGUAGCAGCAAUGCCCAAAUGAUAGCCAUGCAGAACAGUUCCAGUCUGCCCGAGCUGCAGAGUCAAGUUACACAGCUUUCGGAUCGGGUGCUUCGCGAGCAAAGGCGACGUCGAUCGCUGGAGCACGCUGUCCGACGGUUAACCGAAGAAAACCGACGCUUGCAGGACGAAAGCCAGGCGGCCGUACAGCAACUUCGCCGUUUCACCGAGUGGUUCUUUCAAACCAUCGACCGGCAGUCCUAACCAAUGACCGACUACAACAAGGGACCAUAAAAAAAACUCAUGUGCUUAACCAAUAGCGUCUUCCACAUUCACCUUAAAAAAAUAUCAACACUAGAAGCAAUCGCACCUUUGCUAGCAAUAGCAGCAGCACCUCACAGCCAUUAACAAUGUUUUUUAUUGUUUCAAAUUCUGUUCAUUUUUUAACGAUUCCAACUGUUAUCGAAUGCACGAAUUCGUUUCGUCGUUUUACUGAAGACAAUGAAGAUGCUUAAACCGUGAAAAGACGUACGGCAAUCGUCAGUCAAAAGUGAAGUGUAUCUCUUGAGUGACCAAAAAUAUUUAAUGUUAGUAAACAAACAAACCUGAUAGCAAGCGAACGUAAUCAAAACAAAGCAAAAAUUUGACACCAGUUUAAAGUUUAAUCACUAAGUCGAACGUAAUCAAUCUAUUUAUACACUUUUUCUACAUUAAAGCAAAAUAUUACAAUAAUAAUAUACGAAUUCACACACGAAAUCACAUUAUAUACAACAUUUAAUAUAAUCAUUGCGUAUUUAUAACAAGUAAACAAAAGAAAAAGCUUUAGCUUAGACACAUCAACAGCUGUGCUAACUGAAAAACAAAAAAAACACGUAAAUAGAAACGAAAACAUACCAAAUGAAACCUUAUAAUUGAAGUCUUGUGUACAAUCUGUUAAUUUAGAACCUUAAAUCUGCUGCAUCAUGCUAGUUUAUAUGUAUGUAUUAUUACUUUUACCGCCUACUUAGAUGUUAAGUUGUUGUUAAACGUUCUGAAAAGAACUAGAGCUCUAGCGUCUUUUUCUUCCCCCUUAAGGCUGUCUUUCGACGUUCUAAAUAUUUAAGCUACUUAACAUCAAUCUAUGUACAUUACACGGAACACAAAGAAAUGAUGCCUCUAACUCUAUAGAUAGUUUUUAGUUUGGUAAACGUUUACUCUAGCCCUAUGAUAGCGUAUUAGGGUCGGCUGAAGCUACAUACAUAUAAGCGGACCAGUUUGUGCUAAAUAAAGCAAUAAGCGUCCUCCGGACGCCCUUCUAGUUUACGAUAAACAUACACAUAUACAAACACAAACACACGCAGGUAUCACGAAACAGUUUUGAUCAAAUUUAGUUGACACACCUAGAAAUAAUAAAAUG